AUAGUUCUAGAGCAUGGAUUGAAUGCUGAAUCUCCAAAAUUGGAGAAAUGGAUUUUUUACGUAGCUAGAAUCCUUUAAAUUUAUGGUAUUUCAUGGGAGCACCAGUAAAACUAUUGGAUACCAUCCAAUUCUUUCCGUAUACCCUAAAGGCAAUAUGACAUUAUGAAAAAAGUAAAAAGGGAACUCAGAACCUAAGGGGAACGUGUUCACUGUACUUGCUGUACCCCCGCUAUUCAGGUUAUAGUUGCAUUGUUAGCAAUACUGUGACACUGAGGCCGGAACACGUACAGCCCAGCUUUUCCACGUAACGAUAACCUACACUUGUUCUAUAUCCAGAGCGCUGUUACAGCUGUAACACUGAAACAUGCCCGUGAAAGCAAAGAAGUGGAUCUUAGCACACCAUUUCGAUGGAGUGCCAAAAGACUCUGAUCUGGAGCUUGUAGAGGAGGAGUUACCAGAGCUUCAAGAUGGAGAAAUCCUACUGGAAGCUCAAGCACUAAGCGUGGACCCAUAUAUGAGGGUUUUCGCACGGUCGGCAUUGAAGGAAGGGGACACCAUAAUGGGCUCCCAAGUUGGGAAAGUGAUAGAGAGCAAGAGCCCGCAGCAUCCAGUGGGAAUGAUGCUCGUUGGGAGUGUUGGAUGGAGGACGCACGCCAUCGUUAAUGUUAAUCAAGGGCCUGAUCUUCUAGGCACGCCUAUAGUUGUGCCUGCUACUCCAGCCCCCGGUCUCCCAGUGUCAGUUAACCUGGGUGUCCUCGGCAUGCCUGGUGCCACGGCAUAUUUUGGUUUUCUUGAGCUCUGUCAGCCCAAGGCGGGGGAGGUAGUGGUGGUCAGUGCGGCCGCAGGGGCAGUGGGCAGUUUGGUCGGACAGAUAGCCAAAAUUAAGGGGUGUACCGUCAUUGGCUAUGCAGGGACAGACGAGAAGUGCAAGUGGAUAAAGGAAGAACUAGGCUUUGACCACGCCAUUAACUACAAAACACGGGACGUGGCCGAGAGUCUGAAAGAAGCAGCACCAAAUGGCGUCGAUUGUUAUUUUGACAACGUAGGCGGUGAUUUCCUUUAUACCGUCAUGCGGCAGAUGAAUAAGUAUGGAAGGAUCUCAGUUUGUGGGGCCAUUUCUCAGUACAAUGACAACUUAGACAACCCAAAAUCAGGCGUGUUUCCGAGUAUUCUCCUGAUAGUAAACCAACUGAGAAUGGAGGGAUUUAUAUUUACGCGAUGGUUGAGUCGCUGGCCUGAGGCCUUCAAGGAAAUGGCGGCCUGGAUGAAAGAAGGAAAACUUAAGUACAGAGAAACUACUACCAAGGGUUUCGAGAACAUGAGGGAGGCCUUCUAUGGAAUGCUGCGGGGAGAUAACACAGGAAAAGCUGUAGUGAACGUCUGAGAACGCUACAGAACAACAAAUUACAACCAACAGACUGCCGUAUAUCACGUUUAUUUGCAACAGAAAUGCUAGAUACUGUGCUGGUAAAUAACGAAAAAUUCGAAAAUACAUGUAGAUGGAAAAGGCAUUAAGCACAUUUUAAAAGAUGGCAAUAAAAGCUACAAGAUCCUAUAAUGUGCUAGUAUAUGCAAUUACACCACCUA